GCUAGAAAAGAGAUUUUCAAGAUUCACACGCGGGAGUGGACCCCUAAGCUGCUGGACACGUUUCUUGACAAACUGGCUGGAAAGUGUGCAGGAUACUGUGGUGCUGAUAUUAAAUCCUUAUGCGCUGAAGCUGCCCUCUCUGCUUUGUGCCACCGCUACCCUCAAUUAUACCAAAGUAGCAACAGGCUACAGCUGGAUAUCACUUCUAUUAAAAUAACAGCAAAGGAUUUUGUCACGGCUAUGGAGAAGACUGUUCCAGCUUCCCAGAGGGCUGUGGUUUCACCUGGGCGAGCAUUAUCACCCGUUUCAAAACCACUGCUGGAGAACACCCUAGCCAGGAUUCUACAAGCCCUACAGAGAGUAUUUCCCCACGCCAAGCUUGCACUAAAGAAGGACCAGCAACAAGAGACUUUAAAUAAUAUUUUAACAAAUGAUGCAGUUGACAACAAUGAGGAAUUGCCAUCAAUCUUUGAAGAUAAGCCAACGCAUAAACCGCCUGGUACACAAAAGGAAAAUUUCAUCAGCUUCAGCAGAAAUGCUUAUUACCAGCCAACAUCCUGCAGGCCAUGGUUUUUAAUAGUUGGAGAGCCAGGAUAUGGUCAGAUGUCUCAUUUGGCACCUGCAGUAAUCCAUGUCCUGGAAAAGUUUCCAAUUUAUACGCUAGACUCAUCCGUUUUGUUUGCAAGCGUCACAUCACCAGAAGAAACAUCUGCACAGUUGAUGCGAGAAGCUCAAAGAACAGCACCAAGCAUCAUUUGUAUCCCACACAUCCAUCUGUGGCGGGAGGCUUUUGGAGCUACCUUGAAAACUACUUUCAUAACACUACUGCAGAACAUUCCAGCAUUUGCUCCAGUUCUGCUGCUUGCAACAUCUGAUGUGUCUUGCACAGAUCUCCCAAAAGAGAUAAAAGAAUUGUUUAUCCAUGAUAAUGAAGUUUUCAAAGUCCAGUUGCCUAGUAAGGAAGAAAGAAGAGCAUUUUUUGAGGAUUUAAUUGUAAAUCAAGCUGCUAACCCUCCUGCGUCAAAAAACACCACCGCUUGGCAGACACUGGAAGCACUGCCUGUAGCACCGCCGCCUCAGCCUCGAGAGCUGACAGCGAAAGAAUUGAGAAAGCUGGAGGAGCAGGAGGAGGAUACGAUGCGUGAACUUAGGAUCUUCUUAAGGGACGUGACUCACAGACUUGCCGUUGACAGACGUUUCAGAGCAUUCACAAAGCCUGUUGACCCAGAGGAGGUACCCGAUUAUGAAGCAGUUAUUCAACAGCCCAUGGACCUUUCAAGAGUUCUCUCCAAGACUGACUUGUACUAGUACCAAACUGCAAGAGACUUUCUAACAGACAUCGAUCUGAUCUGUAGCAACGCUUUAGAGUACAACCCAGAUAAAGAUCCUGCAGAUCGUCUCAUUAGGUACAGAGCUUGUGCUCUCAGAGGCACCGCGUAUGCCAUAGUGAGGAAAGAAAUGGAUGAAGAUUUUGAACAAUGCUGUGAAGAAAUUAAAGAAUCUCGUCAGAAAAGAGGUUGUAGCUCUUCAAAGUAUGCUCCAUCUUACUACCAUGUGAUGCCAAAGCAGAACUCUGAUCCCGGGUGUGAGGAAACAGACCCAGAGUGUAAUGAAAAAAUGAAGAUGCCAGCAGCACCUGUGGAUUCCAGUACACCCCGCUCUAACAGCAAGUUGCAAUACACAGACAGAACACAGUCUUCAAGGAUGGCAGCAAAGAGAAGGAAUUUUCAGCUCAAUAAAGAGAAUAAAAUUCCAGAAGACUGGGAUGAAGUAGAAAGUGAUGAAGAGCCUCUAGAAAAACGUGUUUCUAACAUGGAUCGUACUGAAGGUGAGUCCACGCAGGAUUCUUCUAUGGAAGAAAAUGAAAAGGUACUUCAAGAACGACAGAAAAAUGGGAAUGAAAAUAAACCUGGGACUGAAAAUGAAGGAGAGAGGGUUCUUGUGGCUAAAUCUGCUUCAGAGAGUGUUGUGCUUCCUGAACAGCCUGACCUAAGACAGCAGAGCGAGAUGCUGGAUUGCCAAGUAGCGGAAAGUUCUGACGACAGAGAUUCCAAUGAUUCAUGUAUACACUGCAUGACUCGUGCCAGACAUCCUCGGGCAGAAGAGCAGCAGGCGAUGCGUGUUGAGAAAAAAGCUGUGGUAAUCCUCACACUGCCAGCGAUCGUGAAUUACUAUGAGCUCCAACAACUGUUGCAUUUUGUCACUGAGAUAACCAAGAACUUCAGUGUAUUUCACUUGGAAAAAGUAUAUGCCGCUGUUAGUCAGUGCAUCUACCAACAUCGGGAAGAUUACGACAAAACCGAAUUAGUGAAG